UGAACACACCCUCGAGGCCGUGCAUUGCCACAAGAUCUCCUCACAAACAUACUGCUUUCUGUGAUCCCGCUAGGCCUGCGGGACAGCGCAACAUUAGGCAUGGUCCGCUCGUCACAAGCGACUUCUCUUACGUUCUCUGCUUCGCCGUAUUUCGACGACAGAGGACCUCAUGGAGCUGCAGAGCCUAUUACUGAACGAGUAAAUCCACAUUCGCGUCCUAUAGUCUCAUACUAUCAUCCGAAGGGUGUCGGCGCACAACACUAUGGGGAACAUCAUCCAAUGAAACCUCAUCGACUUACGUUAACGAAUGCGCUCGUGCUAGGGUAUGGCUUAGACAAGCAAAUACACAACAUCUACAGUCCUAGGCCUGCCACACAAGCAGAGCUCGAAGCGUAUCAUGAUCAUGACUACAUUGAGUUUUUGUCAAGAGUGACGCCGCACAAUCAAUCCGAGAUGAAGUCUAUGAUUGAUAGGUUCAACUGCGUAGAAGACUGUCCAAUAUUUGCGGACAUGUACGACUUUUGCAAGAUGUACGCGGGAGCAUCUCUAGCUGCUGCGCGAAAGCUCUGCGCAGGAACGACAGAUAUCGCCAUCAAUUGGAGUGGAGGUCUGCAUCACGCCAAGAAGGCAGAAGCUAGCGGCUUCUGUUAUGUCAACGACAUCGUUCUUGCAAUUCUCGAGCUCCUACGGUUUCAUCCGCGUGUCUUGUACAUUGACAUCGACAUUCACCACGGCGACGGCGUCGAAUUUGCCUUCUACCACACAGACCGCGUCAUGACUGUCUCCUUCCACAAAUACACUGGUGACUUCUUCCCAGGGACAGGCAAGCUCGACGACAACGGCACAGGGCUCGGAAAACACUUCGCCCUCAACGUUCCGCUCAAAGACGGUAUCGACGACGACAUGUACCUCACCAUCUUCAAGACAGUCAUAGACGACACCGUUACCGCCUUCCGGCCCACCGCCAUCGUCCUCCAGUGUGGCGCGGAUUCGCUGGGCUGCGACCGCCUAGGCGCGUUCAACCUCUCAAUCGCUGCGCACGGCGAGUGCGUCAACUUCGUGCGCAAAUUCAAUGUGCCACUACUCGUGCUGGGCGGCGGCGGCUACACGAUCAAAAACGUCUCCCGCUGCUGGACGUACGAGACAUCCGUCCUCGUCGGGGCCGCGAUCCCCGAUGAGCUCCCCGUGACGAUCUACGACUCGUUCUUCCGCGAGACCAAAUGGAAGCUCCACCCCCCACUGACGGGCCGCGUCGAGAACCAGAACACAGCGUCGUCCCUGCAACGCGUUACCGUUGGGAUUCGGAACAAGCUCCGCUACCUCCAGGGCGCGCCCAGCGUGCAGAUGCAAGAGAUCCCGCCCGACCUCGGGUCGUGGCUGCACGACGAAGAGCGAACACGCGAGGAGAAGGACGAGGACAUGGGCACGGCGCAUGCGGGCGAGUCACACGAGGAGGGUGCGGAGAGCCAUAUAGGCAACGAGGCGACUUCGUAG